AUUUCAAUUUUUUCAAUUCGUUCAAAUCGUUCAAUUCGGACGUGUAUCCGCACACAGCACAUACUCGAAUACGUUUCGCAAUAGAUAUAUCAAAAUUCUCCGUGUGGAUUCUAUCUGGAUUGGAUGCAACACUAAAUUGCCAGUGUUUUUCCCGCUUUUCUAACGACGCAAAAUUCUCAGUGCAAGACAAAAACGAAAGGCCUUAUUAACAACAUAACAACAAAUACCACCAUCACCGAUAAUAACAACAAGUCGUCCGGAGGAAGUGGCUCCAAAAUAACCAAGUUGAAAUCGCCCAGGCUUCUCGACGGGAUUGGAACAAAUAUCAUGUUGUUAAAAGUGCCAUCUGUGGAUUGGACGGAUCAAAUAAUUUACGUUGUGGACGACGAGGAGUCGCUGUCAGACAUCGACGAUGAGCCAGAUUUCUCCGAAUACAUGUGGAUGGAGAACGAGGAGGAGUUUGACAAGAACGAACUGCAACGCCUGGAGGAGGAGGAGAUCAUGCAGGAGUGUUUCGAAGCCAUGAUUGAGGAUGAGCUGGAAGAGCAGAUCAACGAAUGGGAGAAGGCCAAAACGGACGAACAGAACACGGCGCUUUCCGCACUGCCAAAGAGCGAGUGUAAUGUGGAAAAGUCUGUUCUCAAUCCAAUGGCCGAUGAGUUUAUUCCGCGUAGUCAUGUCUUGGAUUUCCCUGCCUCAUAAAGGCAGCUCAUACCCUGCCCGCCACAGAAUCACAAACCACCCCGAACCCAUAACACGUGGACCUCAUUCGCGCAAACCCUUAGAUAAACUGAAGAUCCUUUUUGCUAAGACUCAACUAACAAAUUCCGCCAAUGAGAUUGAGAUUUAUAUCCUGACCAAGUUGAGCAGCUAGAGCAUACGGAGGAAGUAGCUCAAAGUUAUCUAGUUUCUAGAUACCAAAAUGAUGGAAAAAACAACUAAAGGACACUAGCCAACUCCAAAUGCUGGCGACCGAAAUGCAAACGAAUCAUAUUUUUAAAAAUCAUUAUAAAAACAAAAAAAAACCAACACAAAUCAUUGCAGAAAUAUAAAAAUAU